GGCAGGCGUCUGCCGUUCAUCUGCAGAAGGAGAGACUCCAACAGUCGUAGGAUUGUCAGUCUGUCAGAAAGAACGCAGAGGGUUCAUGGGUCAGAUCUCCUCUCUGCUGCUAUGAGUCCUCAUGCCUGGAUCUUUUGUGCCCUUCUCUGUGUCCUCACUUUUGAACGGAGCAAGAGUGCAUAUAAAGGGCCUGUCCUGAGCCGAAAGCGGAGACUGGUAGAGGAUGCAGCCGAUGGGGCCCAGAGGAAGUGCUCUUAUACAUUCUUGGUCCCAGAGCAGAAGAUCACGGGGCCGAUCUGUGCCAGCCAGGGCCCUUCUCUGCCAGAUAAAGAGCGUGUGACAAAGUUGGAUAUAGCUGACAUCCGGGAGCUCCUGAGCAAGCAGAGACGUGAAACGGACACGCUCCGGAUGAUUGUGGACGUGGAUGGAAACAUGGUUAACGAAAUGAAACUUUUACGCAAAGAGUCACGCAACAUGAACUCCCGAGUCACCCAGCUGUACAUGCAGCUGCUGCACGAAAUCAUUCGCAAGCGUGAUAAUUCACUGGAGCUGGCGCAGCUGGAGGCACGGAUCCUCAACAGCACCGCCGAGGCGCUGAGGCUGUCUGCUCUCUACAGGGAGCUGGAGGUGCGCUUCUCCUCGCUGGCCGCGCUGGUCAAUAGCCAGUCACAGCUGAUCGCAACUUUGGAGGAGCGAUGUCUGCAGGUGUAUGGAAAUCACAGACGAGAGCCGCUGCCUCCGCCUCUUGUGCAGGUCGUACCUGAGAACAUCCCUGUGUAUGUGCCUCGCGUCUCCAAUGAGAUCCAGAAGAGUCAAAGCUGGCCCAUUCCAGAGGACAGGAAUCCCAGAACGGCUCCGGCACCCACAGGAGGUUCUCCUCAGGGGAACGUCAGUCUGGAAGGUCCCUUUCGGGACUGUCUUCAGGUGAUGCAGGCUGGACACUCCACCAGCGGGACGUAUCUUCUGAAGCCGGACGGGACGGAGACAGCUGUACAGACCUGGUGUGAGCAUGACGUGGACAGAGGUGGCUGGACACUUAUCCAGAGGAGGAAAGAUGGAUCUGUCAACUUCUUCAGGAACUGGGACAGCUAUAAGAAAGGCUUUGGUGAUGUGGACGGGGAACACUGGCUGGGUCUGGAAACCAUCUAUAACCUGGGUAAACAGGAAGACUACAAGCUGCUGGUGGAGCUGGAGGACUGGAUGGGGAAGAAGGUUUACGCGUCCUAUAGCAGCUUCUACCUGGAGCCCGAGAGCCAGUCGUACCGUCUGCGUCUGGGAACCUAUCAGGGCAACGCUGGAGAUUCACUGAGCAGCCACAACGGCAAACAGUUCACCACACUGGACCACGACAACGACGCCUUCUCAGGUAACUGUGCUCAUUUCCACAAGGCUGGCUGGUGGUACAGCGCCUGCGGUCAGACCAAUCUGAACGGUGUGUGGUACUCCGGAGGAGUCUAUCGCAGCCGCUUCCAGGACGGCAUCUUCUGGGCCGAUUAUGGAGGGGGCUUUUACUCUAUGAAGUCUGUGCGGAUGAUGAUCAGACCCAUCGACUGAAGCUGACUGAUUUACAAAUGAUGUGACAGAGAAACAAAUGAAAGUGUAUCAUCGCUGAAACUUUAUUUCAAUGUUCUCAGUGUCAUGCUUUGAGCACAUUUUAGCAAACCAUGUCCACAACAAUGUUUGAUAAGGUUUUUUUAUGAUUAGAAAUAAAUCCUAAAAAGACAUCUGUGAUGACUACAUGGCAACAAGUGUUACAUCUAAGUGCUACUUUAAAGAGGUAUUUCUACAUAAUUUAACCCAUAAAAAAUAAGUUUGUUGGUAUAAAUGAAUGUAUUUACAGUAAUGCAUUUUUUUUGCAAUGCAUCAUGAGCUUUCCAGUGGGAACGUAAUUUAACAAGAUUUUGAUUUAACAUCGGAAGCUUAAUUUAAAGGUUUUGCCGCUUUCUAUCAUUCUCUCAAUCGGAUCAAACACCGAGACUCGUUCAAACAUGGAUUUAAAACACAUUUAGGUGAAACACAGCCCUCCAUACACCACAGUUUCUCCCACCUCACGUUUAUUUUGGUGGCUUUUUAGACGUUACGGGGCAGAAGAACAGAGCACAGAAGCACAAUGAGAAACAUAUUGCUGGGCUCCAGACGGCGCUGGAUGGGGAGAGAGCGGGUGAGAGUGACCGCUGGAUGGAAACAGGCCAAAUGUCUGUGGUUGUUGUGUGUUUUUCCUCCUCCAGCUACUGGCUAAUGUUCUCUGUGCAGACGUUUAACUGACUUUAGCUGAGAUUAGCUUCUGCUUCAUCAGUGCAUGAAACUGUGGAUCUAUUGCUUUUGCAGUUAAUUAGCUGGCUUCAUUGCUGCUGUAAUCAUGAUACAAAAGGCAUUUGAAAAAAAAA